AUGACGAGGCUAAGGGGCGUGAAGGAUGCGCUCAUGCUGCACGAGUGCAUCUUUUUCCUGGCCCAGUCAGAGACCAUCCGGUUCAGGACGCUGCAAUGCUUCAUGCUCAACGGGGUCAUCUUCCUUGGCAGCAUCCUUCUCUUCAACUUCGCCAUAGAGCCGGCGCUGGGCAUCCUGAGAAGGCUCGUUCAGGAGGAAGAAGCGUGGGCUACCGAGUUCAUCGCAACAUCCUUCUCCUUCCUCUACAAGAUUCUGUGGAUCUAUCCCAUCUACUGCAUCUCCUUUGUGCUCAACACGGUCAUGUAUCAGGAGAUUGCUGACAGCGCCUUAGCCUUCGCGCAGAGCACCCCGACAAAGGCGACACCGCACCUAGAACGGCUGAUUCAAGAGACGUGGCGCGUGCUCGUGAAUCUCGUUUAUCUGCUGGAGAUGUACCUGCUCUACUACCUGCCCUUGGUGGGCCCCGCGCUGUACUUCGUGCACUCGUGCUGGAUGGCCUCCAUCUACUGCUUCGAGUACAGGUGGGUUCAUCAGCGGUGGACAGCGAACGCCCGAGUGGAUUACUUCGAGCGCCAUUGGCUCUACUUCUUUGGCUUCGGCUUCCCCGUCUCGUUCGUCAGCGUCCUAUGCCCCCGCUUCAUCGAUGCCGGAGUGUUCGCCCUCUUUUUCCCGCUCUUCGUGCUGACUGCCACCAAAGCAGAGCCUAAAGCGCUGCAGCUCUGCCCCACGUCCUUGCAGAGGCUGCCGCUCUUCAUCGUUGUUCAGGGCGUCUCAUGCUUCUUGGUCCGGCUCUUCGAGGGUAAAACUCGAAAAGAGGCCUCAAAAGCCAAGUGA